GCUCUUUGGAAAUGAGACUGCUGUCCAUCUCCAGGAGGAUUUUAAUGGUCUUUUAAAGCAGGCAUGGCAUCUUCGGCGGAUGACCCUGUGGAGAGGCUUCAGGAUGAGGUCUCUUGUUCCAUCUGCCUGGAGUAUCUGAGGGAACCAGUGACCAUCGACUGUGGCCACAACUUCUGCCUGGCGUGCAUCUCAGACUAUUGCGAGCGAGGAGCUGGUUCCACAACCGGGGCAGCUCUCUGUCCCCAGUGCCGGAUGGGGUUUUUGCUAAGCAGCUCCCGCUCCAAUAAGCAGCUGGCCAAUAUUGUGGAGGGCAUUGAGCGGCUGGCUCGGAGGCCCAGCCAAGGACAUGCUGAGGCCUUGUGUGAGAAACAUGGCAAAAAACUGAGGCUUUUCUGCCAGGAUGAUGGGGACUCCAUUUGCUUGGUGUGCGACAAAUCUCGGGAGCAUCAGAUGCACUCGGUGCUGCCCAUUGAGGAAGCGGCUCAUGAUUACAAGAUGAAGCUCCAGGAAGCUGUGGACAUUCUCAGAAAAACACUGGCAGAAGCAAUAAAGCUGGAAGUCCAAGAGAAGGAGAAAACAGACCAAUGGAAGAACAAAGUCAAGAAACACAGAGCACUCAUUGUAUCAGGGUUUGAAAAACGCCGCCAGGCAAUUGCCGAAGAGGAGAAGUUGCUUUUGAAGCAUCUUCAGGAGGAAGAGCUGGGAACCCUGAAGAAGCUGGAGAGGAAUUCAGACUUCCUUCUUGAGCAAUGUGCUGGACUGCAAAACCUCAUCACAGAGAUGGAACAUCAAUGCCAAAAACCUGCAGCCGCUUUGCUCAAGGAUGUGAAAAGGACCUUGAACAGGAGUGAAGGACUAUCCCUGAAAGAACCACCGCCAAUUUCGAUGGAAUUGCAAGACUCCUAUGAUGUUCCUGGCUUGAUGGAGUCAUUACAAAGAUACAACGCAUCGGUGACCUUUGAUCCGGAUACAGCUAAUCCUUACCUGCUCUUAUCCGAGGACCUCCUCAGCGUUCGAGUGGUGGAUCAAAGGCAAGAUCUGCCCAAGAACUCAUCUCGCUUCGAAACAUGCACUUGUUUAAUGGGCCGUGAGCAGUUCACCUUCGGGAAACAUUACUGGGUGGUGUGCGUGGAAGGCAAGUCCAGCUGGACACUGGGAGUGUGCAAAGAAUCAGUGAGCCGCCAAGGUAUCUUCACCCCCUCACCAGCAACAGGGUUCUGGACAAUAUGGCUGAGGAAUGGGGAUGAGUAUGCAGCACUUACCUCUUCGCUCACAGAAUUGGUGCUCAGAGCAAAGCCAAAGCUGAUUGGUAUCUUCCUGGACUACGAAGCAGGAGAGGUUUCUUUCUAUAACGGUGAUACCGGUUCCCACAUCUUUACCUUCUUGGAGUCCUUCUCUGAGACCCUUCGACCUUAUUUCUAUCCUGGAAUCCAGGCAGGGGGUCUCAACGAUGCUCCCCUCAUUAUCCAGCCAGCCAAAGAUCAAUCAGGUCUUUCUCUUCUGGUCAUUGAGACUUUUUCAUACCUCUAAGGCUGGUUCUACGCAAAGCAUUUAAUCUGGAAUGGGACGACUAGGUGAUGCCAUUCCUUACAUAUGUCUAUGGAGAUUCUCAGUCAUUCAAGUCAUGGUUGUCCCCUUUUUCAAGAGGCAACUGGAC